CUACUUCGAUAUAUAGUUUUUAUCGGUUGGGCAGUCUUGGCUGGUAGACUGGAUAUAUAAACAAAAAUUUUCAACAAUUAAAAUUAGGUUAAAUUGUGAGUUACGUGUUGCAAAAAGAAUACACCCAAAGAAAAGACGACCACACACUACCAAAAAUGGACACCACCUUUGAUGUCACUGACGAGAACAGCUGGUACUUCGGGCCAAUGUCACGUCAGGACGCCACCGAAUUGCUAAUGAAUGAACGGGAGCGAGGAGUAUUCUUGGUGCGCGACAGCAAGACCAUCGCGGGUGAUUAUGUGCUCUGUGUGCGAGAGGACACUAAAGUGAGCAACUAUAUAAUUAAUAAAAUACAGCAUGACAAUGACAUUACCGUCUAUCGUAUUGGAGACCAAUCUUUUGAAAAUUUGCCUGAGCUCUUAACAUUCUACACUUUGCACUAUCUGGACACAAGUCCAUUGCGAAGGCCGGCGGCCAAGAAAGUGGAACGUGUCAUAGGAAAAUUCGAUUUCGAUGGCAGCGAUCAAGACGAUUUGCCCUUCAGACGCGGUGAAGUGUUGACCAUUGUCAGAAAGGACGAAGACCAAUGGUGGACGGCGAGAAACGCUCACGGUCAGGUUGGUCAAAUACCCGUACCUUAUGUCCAGAAGUAUGAGGACAGUGCGGACGAUAAUCUACACGAUAGGCCAUCAUCGGGCAAUUGCGGCGGCAGUAGCAACAACAUAAUGAGACAGCCUCGCGUAACGUCGGGCGGCGACCCAGUUCCAUCACCACCAGUAUGCCAUCAAUUGAGUAACACCUUGAAGAAAUCUGAUUUGAAUCGUAAAUUGCCAGCGUAUGCAAAGGUCAAACAGGCUCGAGUACCAAAUGCAUAUGACAAGACGGCCCUCAAGCUGGAGGUGGGCGACACCAUCAAAGUCACAAAGACCAACAUCAAUGGCCAAUGGGAGGGCGAAUUAAAGGGCAAGAAGGGUCACUUCCCCUUCACCCAUGUCGAAUUUAUAGACGAUUGUGAUAGCAAGGAUAACGCCCAAGCGCACGAGCACACAAGCAAUGAUUGGGACGAAUAAAGCCAUUGGACCAUAUCGGUGAACAUUUCCCCAUCUCCGAAUGUUGUGUAUAGAAUUGAAUUAAAGAAAGAAAACGGCCACAAAGAAAAACGUGUACAACUGACAAAACCAACAACAAAAGCGCACUACAUUUAACAAUUAUUUAUUCCUAAACAUACACACACACACACACACACACACACACCGCAGAUUAUUGGCUAUUAAGUUAACUGCAUUAGAGCAUGCAUCAUUAUUUACCAAACGAUGACUUGAGAUACUGGAUUGUUAAUGCAAUGAUUGAAGAAAGCUUUGCCAAUUUGCAAUUUAGUAUCUAAGGGCACAACAAACCACUCUCCAUAAUCGAUUGGCAUCUGUUUUCGAUCGUUGAAAACCGUAUAUUUUUAGAUUACUUUAAAAUAUUUUAAUUUUUUGUUUAUUAUGUAGAAUGAAAAUCUCAACAAAAACUAAUAAUAUAUGAAUUUUCCAAGUUUAACUAAUAAAUUAACACGAAGAAACAAACGCACAGGUGUAUGUAAAAGUUUUGCGUUAGUAAAGUAUUGUUAACAUCGCGCAAUAAGAGUAACAGUAAAAUUACAACAAAAAAAAAAAAAAAUGGAUAUAUAUCUCUAAUUGUAAUUCUCUCUCAUCUAUCUAUUAAAGUGCAACAAAAUUAUUAGAAAAUAUUCAAAUAUAUAUAUAUAUAUAUACAAACAUAUUCGGGUAUAUAUAUAUAUACAUAC